AUGUCGUACGAGGUGCGGUGUUUCCAUACGCUCAUUUUGCUGUAUUUUUAUUUGUUAAGUAGGAGCGGACCCAGGAGAAGCAAGUGCAAAGGGAACGGGCCUAAGAGGGAUGUGCCCGAAAGGAAGUUGCCCAAAAAAAUCAAAAGCACCGCGCCCCAAAGAAUCGAUCCCGAAAGGAACAAGCCUAAGAAUAUCGUACUAUUUGGGGAGACGGGGGCAGAUAAAAGUUCACUCGUAAAACUUAUGGCGGGGAAGGAGGUGUCAGUCGCAUCUCCUGACCCGCAACGUUGUACGAUGCACUGGAAAGACUACAUCAUCGACUUCGGAGACAAGACUUACAAGGUGUUCGAUACCAUUGGACUUGAAGAACCACAGCUAGGGAUCAGAGAGUACCUCGAGUCUGUAGACGGCGCCUAUAGGCUCAUCAAGGAAUUGGAUCGACAAGGCGGCAUUGAUCUGCUUCUGCUCUGCAUUCGCCCCUGCCGAAUAAAUGCUACGCUUUACAGCAAUUAUAAGCUGUUUCAUGAUUACCUCUGCGAGGGGAACGUUCCCAUCGUUCUUGUGAUCGCGCACCUCGAAAGAGAGAUGGAGGGCUGGUGGGAGAGAGUACAGAGUAAGUUCGAACGUUAUGGAGCCCGGGUCGCUGAUCAUGUGUGCAUCUUCGCCACUGAUGGAUCGGAUGGCCCAUACGAAACCUGUGACGAUGAAGUCACUAUCCGCCAUCUUGUGGAGAAGUUUACUGCCAACGGGCAGAAACCAGCAUGGAUAGGAGGGGACAAUCUGUUUGUGUUGUUGAUGCGUAGACUGAAGGGGCUACCUGGUGGGAAUCUGCGUGUGAAGGGGGUGAGCAUUAUGUCUCGCCUCAUGAACCGUUGUGAUACGUCUCGACAAGUCGCAAGAAAGAACAAGGCAAAAAAUAUCGUAAUUUUUGGGGAGACGGGGGCAGGCAAAAGUUCGCUCGUCAACCUCAUGGCGGGAAAGGAGGUGGCAGUCACAUCCCCUGACACACAACGCUGUACGAUGCACUGGCAAGAGUACACCAUCGAAUUUCAUGGCGAGCCUUAUAAGGUUUUCGAUACCGUUGGACUCGAGGAAACGCAACUGGGUAUCAGAGAGUACCUCGAGGCGGUCGACAACGCCUAUAAACUGAUUAAGAAAUUGGACGCAGAAGGCGGCGUUGAUCUACUUUUGUUCUGCAUUCGUGCCGGCAGACUCAACGCUACAAUACAGAGCAAUUACCGGCUAUUUCACGAAUUCCUUUGCGAGAAGAAGGUUCCCAUUGUCCUUGUGAUCACGCACCUUGAAAGAGAGGUGAGGAUGGACGACUGGUGGGAUAGACAGCAAAGUACCUUCGAAAAAACAUAUGGGAUCCGGGUCGCUGAUCACGCAUGCAUCACUGCCGCUAACAGAUUGGAUGGUCGACACAAAGACCGUUAUGAAGAAUCACGCGUCACGGUCCGCACCCUUGUGGAGAAGUUUACUGUUGAUGACCAGAAGUCAUUAUGGGCGGGGGGGAACAGCCGGUUCGUGUCAUUCAUGCGUAAGCUGAAGGGGUUUCUUCCAGAGCCUUUGGAUGUGAAGAAGAAGGAUAUUGUCUCUCGCCUCAUGCAGCGUUGCAAUUUAUCUCCAGAUGUCGCAAAACAGUUGGCUCAAAUGAUUAAGCAAAUCCAGUAGAAGUAGUUAUUCUCUUUUCGAUACCUAUACUCAGAUUUGCUUGUAGAUUUUGUACUCGUUGAUACGUUACACUAGGACUUCCUAUUUACUGAUGCCAUUCGCGAAUCUAUUUGUAUUUCAGAAUAACGGUUUGAAUUAUUUACCAUGUACACUUAUACUGCAUGUGGACUUCAUUUCACCGCA